AUGGUCCGCAUAUGCAUACCGUGCCAGCGGUCGAAAGUCCACCUCCAUACCGUGUCACCUCAUGCCGGGUGUCGCUUCAUCUUAACAGCAGUCGACAGGUACACCAGGUGGCCUGAGGCCACGCCCAUCCCUGACCCCACCGCCAAGACUGUCGCUUCAGCUUUCCUCGCUACACGGGUCACACGUUUCGGCGUUCCUAGUCAAGUGACCACAGACCGCGGCCGCCAAUUCGAGAGCAAUCUCUUUUCAUCGUUCACGCGGCUCAUCGGCACGUCCCGCAUAUGUACGACGUCUUAUCAACCUGCGUCCAACGGCCUUGUCGAGCGGCUGCACCGCACCCUUAAGGCUGCUCUAACUGCGUUCGAAGACAGAGUUCAUUGGACAGACCAUCUUCCACUCGCCCUCCUCGGUAUUCUUACCUCCCUCAAACCCGACCACGGGUGGAGCUCGGCAGAACUGCCCUACGGACGUACCCUCCAUCUGCCUGGAGAAUUUUUGUUCCCCAGCAGUCCUGAGGAGACCCGUGUCACGGCUCCCGACAUCCUACAACGCCUGCGACGCAUCUUUGACCUCAUCCGCCCCGUACCGCGUCGUCCCGGAAGCCUUACGUCUCUCAAGCCCUCGACGACGCUACCCACGUUUUCAUCCGUACAGACGCCGUACGCAAGCCACUCACGCCCUUCUACACCGGUCCCCACCUCGUUAUUGGCCGCGCCGGCAAGAACAUGCGCGUCAGCGUGCACGGCAAGGAUGACACAGUAA